UUAAUUCAAUCAAACGGUCCAGAUUCGCUCCUCAGUUUCUGGCCCUCCUCUUUAUCUUCCCCUCCUUCUCUUCAGCCUUUACCCCUCCCUCUCUCUCGUUUCUCCUCUCUCUCUCUCUCUAAGGAUUUAGAUUUAGAGAGAACAGCAGUUGUAGCAGUAUUAAUAGUUGUAGCAGAAGAGAGAAAGAAAGAAGGAAGAGGAGCAAAAAUGUUGUUGGGGAAGAGACCAAGGCCUCCAAUGAAGAGGACCACAAGCAUGUCAGAGAUCACCUUUGAUCUGAACACUGAAGCUCAACCUCAGCCCUCAGAUCCCCACAACCCCUUCAGCCCUCUGGCGUUUGAUGGCCUUAUGGUGAAGAUGGCCUCCUCAUCACCCUCACCUAGAAACCACAGAAGGAACUCUGCUGAUUUCGUUGAGACUCCUCACUUCUUGAGGGCUUGCGGUCUCUGCAAACGCCGCCUUGUUCCUGGCCGCGAUAUUUACAUGUAUAGAGGUGAUACUGCUUUCUGCAGUCUAGAGUGCCGGCAGCAACAGAUGACCCUUGAUGAGAGGAAUGAUAAGUGUUCAUCUUCGGCUUCCACCGCCGUCGUCGCCGGACACCAUGUCUCUUCCAAAGGGGAAACUAUGGCCGCUGUGUAGUGUGGUAUGUCAACCCGGUGAACACAGCACGAUCUUUGCAGGCGCCGCUGGACCAUAUGAAUAUAAGUAGAUUUGGGGGUUAGGUUUAUGCAUGAAACUAUGAAUGGGAUUUGAAGCUGUAAUUUUCAUGUGGAUUCAGGCAAAACACAACUUCAUCAUAGAUUUCUCCCUCUUGGUAUUUUUUUUUUCCCUUUAGUUAAUGGAAAAUUUACAGAGUUAAUUCUAAAUCUUCAUCAUGUAUGUAGUGAGCUCCUUUGUCUUUC